CAUUUCAGAUUGCCUCGUGUGGUCUUCUUAGAGGAUUUUCGAUGGAGGUGGCCCUACGACAGAAAAUGGGUGUGGUUUAAUUUUCUGAAGCAUUGACAGAGACUUGAGUAGGUAUUACAAGAGACAAAUUGGCCUGGGAACGAGGCUAGGACACCACUUGACCUUUCUAUUCUAGGCCAAGUAAAUUGAUUGACGUUUUUUUGACUGACUCAGCAGUAGCGUCUACUGUGUUUCCAGAGGAGGUUUGACAGGGUUAAAAGGUCAUUAAUGAAUUAAUCACAUGCUCUAUAUAUGUUUCUAAUGGAGAUCCAACCUUUUAUCGACGUACCCCAGAUUUUGAUCAAUCUGAUGUACCCCUGAGGUACAUCGGUAGGCCGAUGUGAGAAAUUCUAGCUAAACUCUACACAACAUCCAAAUUAAAUGUGACGUUUGACCUUUUUACAAAACGUAUUAACAGUGUUUACCUCCUCUGCUGUGUUUCUGUAGUAUCAUUAAAAUCAGCCGCCCUCCAAAAAAGGGCGGCUGGUUCAUGAGACUAUGUAAUGUUUCUGCAUGGUUUCUGUCUCUGAAUCUGUUGACAACUAGAUGUGUUUGUCAUCUGUGAUGGGUCAUACAGCGAGUCAGCAAGUAAUUACUUGAUUUUGGCCUGGAAUGUCAAAGGUCAAGUGGUGUCCGACCUUCUCUGAUUGCGUGCACAAUGUUUGACAACUAUUCUGCCAACCUGAUGGUAGAUGGAAAGCCUAUUAACCUUGGUAUAUGGGGUACAACAGGUCAACAAGAUUACGACAGGCUUAGACCGCUCUCCUACCCAGAGACAGAUGUGUUCCUGAUAUGCUUCUCUCUCGUUCAUCCUGCCUCCUUUGAGAAUGUCAGAGCAAAAUGGGGCCCUGAAGUGAGCCAUCACUGCCCCAACACUCCUAUCAUCCUGGUCGGCACCGAACUCGAUCUCAGAGACGACAAGGAAACUGUUGAGAGACUCAGGGAGAAACGUCUCGCCCCCAUCACCUACACUCAGGGCCUACAAAUGCUCAAAGAGAUCUCUGCUGUCAAGUAUCAGGAAUGCUCUGCACUGACACAGAAAGGCCUCAAGGCUGUAUUUGAAGAGGCAGUUCGUACUGUACUCGCACCCACCAACAAGGCCCCUAGGAAGAAGAGAUCAGUGUGCAACGUCUUGUAAACUAUCUUAUUAUCGUAAUCUGAUUAUUACGGACAUACCUACUUACACAGCAGAUGUACUUGCAUGGAGUAUAGCUUUUGUUUGAUGUUCAGAUGCAACUGGAAUGCAUGAUGUAGAUAAUUAAAAACUAAAA